AUGGCAGACGGAUACAAUCAAGCCCGCGCUAUGCGCGUCGCUGAGAUAAUCAACGACUACCGCACCCUGCUACUCCACAUCUCGCAGCAGCAAGUCGAAGCAUCCCAAGAAGAAUACUGGGAAGAUGGCUUCGUAGUACUACGCGAGUCUCUGGCCUCAGCCCAGACCCUAAUGUCCGCCAACUACCAAGCCUGUCCGGUAACAGGGCAAGGAAACCCCGAGACCGAGAAAGCCGAGCUACAGAGAGUCAUUGUGGACGGCAGCGCACGCCGAUUCCAAGCGCACAAGAUCUACUUGCGCGCCGCCGCCGCCAGGCGAUGGGCCAUGACACGCGCUAGCAUCCUGCGCGGCUCUCACCCAGCGGCCCAGCACGCUGCAGCCUUGAAGGGCGCAACUGCAACCCUCCAUCAGGAUCUGGCCCGUGUCACAGACCAGCAUGUCGUGGCAGACCUGCGAGCUGCUGAUCUGCGCGCUGGCCACUGGGUUGAUGAGGACCCUUCCUUGGAGGUGAUUCGUCGCUGGGUUUCAGGCCGUUAA